AUGCAUGCCCAGGUGGUGACGAUGUUGCGGCUGGCGUUAUCGCGGGACUCCGACCAGUCGCGGGCGACCUUCGGGGCCAUCCCAGGGCACAAUUGUUCAGGCUCCGCUGACAACGCGCUCUGCGUGGCCAGGUGGCUCGCAGACACUUACCUGGCUCCGUCCGAGGACAGCGACUGGAAGGAGUCGUUUUUCACCGGCUACCGCGACCCACACCAGCCCGCUCGGGCGCGGACGGUGAAGGAUCCGUUCGAUGCUGACGACUUGACCGACGUGUUCUUCCCUGCUGACCACAGUUCGGCUGUGAACCCGACUGGCACGGGCGGCGGUGAGAACGGCUUCAACAGGAGACGUCGACCCUGA